UCCGCCUGUCGGGUCAUUUUGGCUGCGAAGGCGAAGGUGGAGACCAGUAUUCUGCGGCUACCGGAGCCAGCCGUUGGGCUAAGAUUCCAAAUGAAAUCAUUUGAGAGCAUUGAUUCUGCUGUUCCAAGGUCCAGCCGGGACCUUUGGGCAGAAAUCUGUUCCUGUUUGCCAAAUCCUGACCAGGGGGAUGAUCCCAAAGGUGCCUUCUCUGAUUCCUUUAUGGAUUUAUCUUCUGGGGGUGAAAAUGAGAGAGAGGCUGCAGACUUGACUGUUCAGCCAGAUCUAAAGCCUUGGACUCCAUUGCAGGAUUCAGAAGUAUAUUUAGCAUCUCUAGAGAAGAAAUUAAAAAGAAUUAAGGGUUUAAGCCAGGAAGUGACUUCCAAGGACAUGCUUCGUACCCUUGCUCAGGCCAAGAAAGAAUGCUGGGAUCGAUUCCUUCAGGAGAAGUUAGAAUCUGAGUUCUUUAUGGAGGGUCUUGAGUCUGAUGAGAGGUAAAGAGCCACUAGGCAA